UGGAUAGAAUCAAUGAAAUUAUGCAAACCGCAAGAUGCCACCGGGGGAUGAACCCCAGGCGUGCCAGUUCUGGCGCUCGCUGUGAUGUUAUUGUUACUGUUGACCUACGAUGCCAGGGCUAUGUAUCAGAAGGGGUUUACCUCUCCUGACAGCUCGGUCGUAUGUCUACGCCUCGAACGUUACUCCAGUCUACCGGAUAUGUGUGUCGCCUUCAGCUUCGUCGCAGGUGCGGUGCGCGUCAGGAGGAGGAGGGGCGCGGAGGGGGUUCCUGGGGGAGUUUGUGGACUCCUUGAAGCAGGAGCUGAACAAGAACAAGGAGAUGAAGGACAACAUCCGGAAGUUCCGGGAGGAGGCGAAGAGGCUGGAGGACUCGGAGGCCCUGAGGCAGGCCAGGAGGAAAUACAAAACCAUCGAGUCAGAAACGGUGAAGACCUCUGAGGUGCUGAAGAAGAGGCUGGACUCCCUGUCCGAGACCGUCAAGGAGGGCCUGGAGGAGGUGGGGCGCACCGACCUCGGGAAGAAGAUCAAGGAGGGCGUUGAGGAGGCGGCCCGGGCGGCCAAGCAGUCCGCCGAAUCGGUGUCCCAGAGCGGGGAGAAGCUGGGCAGGACGGGCGCGUUCCGGGCCAUAUCCCAGGGCAUGGAGACGGUGAAGAAGGAGAUCGACGAGCUGGGCCAGAGUGGGCCCUACCGAGCCCCGUCCCGUUUGAGGAUGAGGACUGACUUCUCCUCCAGGGGGUCGGGGAGCGACUCCCGGGUGUUUGAGGCGAACGAGGAUGCCAUGGGGAUCGUGCUGCACAGGGAUUCUAAAUGGUAUCAGCAGUGGAAGGAAUUCAAGGACAACAACAUGGUCUUCAACCGGUUCUUUGAAAUGAAGAUGAAGUACGACGAGAGCGACAACGCCUUAAUCCGGGCGUCGCGAGCUGUCACAGACAAAGUCACCGACCUCAUUGGUGGGCUGUUCUCCAAAACGGAGAUAUCGGAGGUGCUGACGGAGAUCCUGAAGGUCGAUCCAAACUUCGACAAGGAGUCCUUCCUCAAACAGUGUGAGCAUGACAUCAUCCCUAAUGUCCUGGAGGCGAUGAUUCGUGGAGAGCUGGAGGUGCUGAAGGACUGGUGCUAUGAAGCGACCUACAGUCAGCUGGCUCACCCUAUCCAGCAGGCCAGAGCCAUGGGGCUGCAAUUCCGCUCCAAGAUCCUGGACAUCGACAACAUCGACCUGGCGAUGGGGAAGCUGAUGGACCAGGGACCCGUGCUGAUCAUCACCUUCCAGGCCCAGCUGGUCAACGACAUCCGCGGCCCCAAGGGGGACCUGGUGGAGGGGGACCCGGAGAAGGUGCUGCGCAUGCUGUACGUGUGGGCGCUGUGCCGGGAUCAGGAGGAGCUCAACCCCAGCGCUGCCUGGAGGCUCCUGGACAUCUCCGGCUCCAGCACGGAGCAGGUCCUCUGAGACAGGAGGGAAGGGACUGGAACGCACGGCUCAGUGCACACACACACACACACACACACACAGCUCAGUACACAC